ACUAUGAAAGGCAGUAGUGAGGAAGUCCGCAGUGGGACUUCAGGGGAAAAUGAGGAGGCCUCAGCAUUGCAGCAGCCAAGCUCCCCUCCAGGAGAAGCCACAGAGCCUGAAGGAAAGCCCAGCAGUGCUGCAUCAUGGGAGGAAGAGACCGAUGGCUCUCUCCCCACCAAGAGUCGCCCAAACUUCUUCUAUCGCAGGAAGCGGGCUGUCAGGUCAAAACUCAUGGGGAAAUAAUAGUCCGGGUCCGGAUUAGCUCUAGUAACAUGCUAAUUAACGUUAGCAUGGCUGGGAGCAGAGCAGUUCCGAGUGGGAAGGUGAACCGUCAGCUGUUUGAUGCUCAGGUUCAGCUGUCCAGAUCUCUGCUGGGAAGACGGAGAGACACAAGAACAGAGUGUCUUUCUGCUGAGGAUAGUAACACACACUGCAGUGCAACCAGCAGGUUGUUGUGUCCUCUUUCGAAGAGAGGACAGCAGGUGGAUGAUGCUGAUGAAGUUUACGAAGUUCUACAACUCCCUGACUCAGUGGUGGUUAAUUGUCCAAGCUCUGACAUCAUUGAACGACUGAAAGGGAAAAAAAGCAAAAGACAUGAGGAAGCUUUGAAACAGCUGGACACAGAGUUCACAGAUAUAACUCAGGUAUAUGAGACUCAGGUGAAGACAGUCAGUGACGAGCUGCUGUGCUCUCUAAAGGAUGUGGCCUGGAGUUUAGACAUCUUCAAAGACAGAAUGGCAAACCUGGAACACCUUGAGGAUGUCAGUUUGCAGGAUAUAAAUAAUCUCUGGGAAGAGUUGGAGGAGAAUGUGAAGACAAAGAAGAUCAGAAUAAAGGAGCUGGACCAGAAACUGACUGAAACCGAGAAUAAGAGAACAGACCAGGCCAGAGUUGUGCUAGGGAAAUACUGCCCCCUGCUGGAGAGGAUAAACUUUCUGCCUCCAUCUGAUGUCCAUAGGCUGAUACACAACAAGGCCACAAUGUUGAAUCAGUCUUUGCUGGCGAACCGUCGCUGUGUAGCUCGACUGCUACUGAACCUCCAGCAGGAAAAUCUCCAACAGGCGUCUCUCCUGCGUUACCAGUGGGAGAAUUGCCUCAGUCGCUGGAGGGACAACAGAGUCAGAGAGGUCAUAAGUCACUAUAGCAGUCUCUUCUGCAGUCAUACAGAUCAGCGGCUGGUCACAAACCAGCAGGUGGUUCAGAAGAUGAAGCAAACCCAACAAGAUUUGAUAGAGAGACGCUGUGACAUCGUCAACAAAAUUUGCUCACUGGUCCCACCCUCCUGCUCAAUUUCUCUUGUUUCUGACUGGUUCAACCUGCUGACAGACAUCAAUCAGCACAUUGACAGUUUCCAUGAUGACUUCCUCCAUGAGCUGCGGUUUUAUUAUGAGCAGACGUGGCAGAAUCGCCAGGCUGAGGUCAAGCGCUGUAAGGAGGAGCUCUCAGCUCUGCAGCUAACAGAAGAGGAGGUGAAUGACUCUGUCAUCUCUCAACUGCUCCCUCUGAUUGGUCAGAGCCAGAGUCUGGAUGAGGAACAAUUGGCUAAUUUUGAUAAGAGCUGUAAGUCUCUAGCUGAUCGCGCUCGAAAUCUCAGCAGGAGUGUUUUUUCUGUGAUGCGUGGUGCAGCAUUGCUAUGGGAAACUCACAGCUUCAGGCUAAAGAACAAAGAGGAAGAAUUGCAACAACAGCUGGACACACUCAGAGAGUCACAGCAGCAACAAAUACAGAGGAAGAAGGCACAUCUGGACAUCCUUCUGAGUAGAUUUUGUCAAGAGGCCAGUGAAGACUCUUUGAAGACAUCUUUAGACAAAGCUGUCCUCUACCUGCAGGAAGUACAAAAGAGCUACAGAGAAUUGGUUGCAGAUCAGUGUCAGCUGUUGGAUCACCUUCCAUCUCUCCUCCUGGAGGAGCUCUUCUGCUACAGCUCCAGCCUCAGCUCAUUCUUUCACCUCAACCACACUUACAGACCGAGCCCAGAGGAGCUGCAGGAACUCCAUUCAUCCUUCACCACCUUCGUUGACCAAGAAAACUGUGAAGGUCCUAAAAUACAGAAACUGGAAGAAAUGAAAAUGAAUCAUCCCAUCACUUUUCAGACUGGCACAGACUCUGCUCAGUCAUCAAAGUCUUCUUGGCUGCCUGAGGCUGAGAAUGCCCUGGAUCUCCUCUGUGACCACAGCAAUGAUGUCAAAUUCACAUCAUCAAAGGGUGUAGCCUACAGUGGACCAGCCUUCACAUCCUCAGCUCUUUACCUGCCAGAUCAUCUGCUGCAGGAAACACACCUGACUUUGUUUCCUGUAGAGCUACUCACACAAAAACUCAACAGGAUACGGAGUUUGUUCUUGGACAGCCUGGAGCAGCAUUUUCAUGAUGUCCUCAACUCAGCCAUUACUGUGGUGAAGCACAGAAAGGAGGUGUUACAUUGUGAGCUGGAGCUUCAACUGCAGCAGCUGAGCCACCAGCACAUCCAUACCCACAUUUACCAACCUCGCCUUGAUGAGCUACAGCUUCACAAACAGUGUGUAGAUGCUCACUGUGAAGAGGUGGCUGACAUCUUGGCCUCCUGCAGGAUGGACCUGCAAGAGCUGCAGACUUCAAUUGACAGGAAGAGCCAGGAGUUCAUAGCAACAGUAUCCAACAUGGAGGACAAAGUCCUGACAGCUGACAACAGCCAACGUCUGGAGGCUGUGAUUUCUGCCCUGCAGGACUGUCGAGAUCAGCACAUCAAAGACAACCAGCACUGUCAGACCACCUUCAGACAGAGUUUUCAGCUAAAACUGAUGGAGGUCAGACACAAAACAACCCAACUCCUCAACUCUCUCAGAUUGUUCAGUGAGGGAGGCAAUUUUGCCCCUCGUGAGGUGAAAUUGUUUCAAAGGAGACUGAAAGUGGAAACCAAAAACAUCAAAGUAGCAGAGGAGGCCAUCUAUUCUGAGCUGGAUGUAUUUGGGUCGAAGAGCUUACAGCAGGUGAAGGAGGUGUCUGGUCGGUUUGAGGAAACACUCUCCCUCCUGAAGUCAGAGGUCAUGUUCAUGGAGAAGAUCAAGAAAUUUAUCAGCAGCACACAAGUUAACAUCAAGGCUGAGGCUGCCAGCAGUAACCAGCAGCAGGCAGCCAUCAGCAGCAGGUUGAAAGAUCUGAGGAGGAUGGUGGAAGACACACAGGCGACUCCAGAUCAUGUGUGUUCUCUCCUGUCCUCAAUCACAGAGAAACUCAGAAAGCGCUGUCAGUACCUGGACUUUUCCCCGGAUAACACCUUGCAUGAGAGUCUCUCAGCUCGCCCCAAAUCCAGGAAGCAGGUGUGCUCAGACCCGCCCCCUGGUUUUCUGCAGCCAAGCAGGAAAGAUGUUGACUUCCUCCAUGACCCUGCCAUUGGCAUCAUCAAAUCCCUAAACAGGUUUUCCAUGACUCAGGAUGAUGCAGCAAAAGCAGCUGAGAGAGAGGAGGGAGGAAGAGCAGUAUCUGCGGUUGAAGCGUCUCCCUGCAGGCACAGUGAAAAAGAAUACAGUCAGAGUUCUUUACAACGUCAUCAACGGAGAUUUACUGGGUCUGUUAGUAACCUAAGUGCGGGCAGAGGCUGCAGGCCUGUAAGCUCUGAUCGGAGGUUCCAGGUUUUUGGACCCAAACCAGAUCCAGAACAAACAACACACUCUUUAAGCUCUGCUGUGAACUCUGUGUUAUGGAAAGCCAACGAUGUCAUCCUGCUGGUCGCUGAGGACUUUUACCAGAGCAAGCGUGCCAGCAGCUGUCUACUUGUUCCUGACAGUUUGGACAAGUGGGCUGAGAGCAUGCAGCAGAGGCUGCUGGGAUACCAGGAACAGGCCAGGAAGCUUCUGAGCACAAGCAGACAGGAGUUAAUGAACCAGUUUUCUGUUUUGGAAGAACUGCUCUAUUUGUUACCCAAAGUUUUAAUCAGCAACCAUGAGCAACAGCAUGAGGCACAGCUUAGAAAUGAGGUGGAUGGGGUUAAAAUGAAGCUGGAUGAGACCCUGGAGACCAGUGAGAAGGAAAAGCAUGACAUUGUCAAUCAGCUGCGAGUUUCUCUGAGAGAUGAUGAGCUUCAGACACUGAACAGUAGAGAGAAACUCAGGCAGCAGCAUCUUCAUGACACCAUUUGCUUGGCACACCAGGAACUACAGAAGUGUGUAAGAGUCAGAGCGGAGAAGUUUGUGACAUCAUUGGCCUCACUAACAGAGAAGCUGCUGCAUCUGUUGGACAGCCUGUUCAUGUCUGCAGGCACAGAAGCAGCACCAUUACCCCAGAACUCUGGAGAGAGCACUGUAACCAUGGAGACAGGAGCUGAAACAGGACAGAAACUUUGCACAGUCAGCAGAACUUUCCCCGGUAUCCCGUACCUGAUGCCCUCAGCUGACACUAAAGCUGACCCACCAUCGAGUGCUGCCAUAGCAACAACAGCGCCCAUCACCACAACCAGAUGCACCUCUUUUCAUGUGGCAGUUAUUGAGCAGAGAGAAUCUGCUGUGAAGAGGUUUGAGCAGCUGUUAAAGUCGGAGUCUUCGCAUUCAGAUGACGACAAAGAAAGACGACUGAGGAUGCUUCAGAGGUGGAGCACCCACUGGGGACAGCAGAUACGCAGUCUGACAAAUACAUACUGACACCUUGGAGCCAGAGUGUGAUCCCUGUAGCUGAUUAGCUGUUUGUUGUGUGCAUUAUAAUUAAUCAGAUGUACUGAUAGUUGUGAAUAAAGCCCAGAAGAAGGAGAAGAGAGUAUUACACAACAGCCUGCUGUCAGCCUACCAUGGGAUUGGAAAGUUGAGUUGUUCAUCAUAUAUUUGACAUUUAAAAACACACUACUUUUUUACUGGAUAGGCUACACAAAGGCAGUGAAGGAAGCUGGAGAAGCUGAAACAGGUAUUGAUUUAAUACUGCAGCAUUUCACUUUAACAUGUUUUAAAAAUGACUCCUAGUGAGUCAGGACUCAAAAGUGGGCUGUUGAGUUAUCUUCAGUGGGUCAUGAAUGUGUUUCUAGAAACAUAAAAUGGGGAUGAAAGUCUUUAAUGAACAGAAACCCUUAGCAGACAUACAUCCAUAUCUUCAUAUCUUCUUCUUCUACAUUUUCCCCUAAUAAGAAGUAGUUUCUGCUUUUUUUUUUUUUAAGUCAACUAAUUAUUUUUUUUUUUUUAAUCAGGGUAACAAAGCUGUUUUUACCUGUAACAGCAAAUCAGUAUCUUGACAUUUUUAGAAAACAGCCAAAAUUGACUAAUAUCAGGAAAAUAGAGUAAAAUAAAAUGUUUGCAUCUCGGGGCUUCUGUAGUGAAGCACUUUUUUGUUUCAUCCUGUCCUGUGCUUAAAGGAUCUUGAAAAUACACUACGGCAGAUUUCAUAAGUGGCUGUUGCGUGAAUUAUUAAAAACUUAGCUGCUUCAAAUGUUGUGUUACAACAGAACAAGAUAAUACAAAUAAAAGAUGAUCUUAUGAAUGUUAAAAAAUGAAGUGAAUGCAGUGUUCACUUGACACUGGCUGCUGAAGCACCAGCGGUCACAUACAUUACCACCAAUGCUCAUUUUUAAUGCAACAGUAAACAUUUUCAGUGCCUGGUUUAAAUACUGAAUUUUAUCUUCGUAGCCUGACAUGAUAGGUGCAUGGCAGUCUGUCUGAUGAGCUGAUGGGGUAUAGGUCGGGAGGGUAAAGGCCUUUCUAAUCUUUAGCUUUGCCUGGUGUUAUCUUAAGCUAAAGUUAAUUUUAGACAGCAUUUCUAAUAUGGCAGCUACUUCUGUUGGGCUCAAAGUCCCCUUCAAUGACCAACAGAUGAUGUCAUGAAGACUUCGUCCAUGUUUAUAUAAUGUAUACGGUUUAACAUACCAACAGGAAGAAAGCAGAUAAAAUUAGAGCAAAGUAAACAUCAGAAAUUCCUAAAAGACAUUAACUGGAAUCUGCCAUACAAUUCU